AUGGAUAUUUCGCAAGAUGAGUUCAGUGAUGAAGAGAUGAAAGGAGAAGACGAUGUGCUGGAAGGGGUGGUUGGUGCUGCUACUCGGCCACGCUAG